AUGACAGUGAUCACUCGCAGAGUGAAGGCACACUAUCAGGAAAUAGCAAAGCAGUCAGUCAGGAUUGUGAUCCUACCUCUCAAAGAAAACUUAAUCAAUAACCAUCAGCAGCCGCAGAGUGAAGGCACACUAUCAGAAAAUUGUGAUGAAGUCAAUAAACAACAAGACAUGCUUCUAGAAGAUGACAAAGGAAGUGCCCAUGAACAGCUGACAAAAAGCUACAGCCGAGCUGAGUACCUGACAGACCUGCUUAAAAUGACUAGAGUAUGUCUUCUAAGUGGAAAAUGUUUGAUGAAAACAAUGAAUAAAGCAAAUGUGCGAACCAGUAAAGCGGCCCAAGCGAUACUCCAAAACGCGUUGGAAUAUAUUUUGAGAAAGGACAGUCUACAUGUGUUUUGUCCUGCUUCAGCCGUCCAUAGGCCAAUUAGUCACCUGGAGAAUGUUAUUGUAGCCGUUACAACAGACAACUCUACUAAUGUGUUAGUUUGUCGAAGACAACGUCGAUGGUAUGGCCUUGGAAAUCGUUUUAGGGAAUGGAUUUAUUGCCCUUUGAUCACCUGUUUUAACAAUGAUGUUUAUUUAAGAGCACAAAAUAAAUCUAUUCAUGUUUAUGAAACAUCCAGGAACACAUGGAGAGCGAUUCUAGAUUCACCAGACCAGGAAAACACAUGUUUGCUAACAAUUGGACACUUCUUGUACGCUGUUCGUCCGACCAGUGAGUGCUAUUCACUUGAAAUAAUAAACAUACUUGAUCCACGUCAGUGGGUAAAAGUCAGCUCACUGCCAUCAGAUCUAGGUUCCAUCGAUUGCUCUGCUGUUAUUGGCGACAACAUACUUUUCUUUGGUUCCAUUGCAGGAAAGUCGGAGGCACAGGUAUUUGUUUUUGAUACCACUACAUUCCGGUGCGUUCCACUGAAUGGCAUUCGUCCACUAUCGUCAUCCAAAGUUUUUUCAGUAAUGGAAGAGACAGCUUUGUGUUGCAACAGAAUGGAACUCUUUAUCGAAUACAAACUUGUCUUGAUGAACCUUUCAUGCAAAUCGUUUAUGAAACUAUGCUUUGGGAUUUUGACCGAGAUAUUAAAGGUGCACUUCUGGUCAAUGAUGAACUCUGGCUAUUUGGACCAAGUUUCUCAACAAAUGACACUGAUGCCCGCUGGGAGUUGUCUAUUCCUGGUGUCUUUAAAUGUGUCAAGAACAUUAUUUGCAGCCACGGGUAUUCAAACUAUAUGCACACUGUCAUGCCCACAAAGUAUUUGUCAGAGAAAAGUAUUACAUUUUAGAAGGCAUCUUGUUUAUUGGGUUUAG